AUGGCCUCUGCUUUUGAUAUUUUAGGCCUCGUCUUCGGCAUACUGGGUUUCUUGUCCUCCGUUCCUGUGUUUUAUGCGAUUAUACUGUCGCAGCUUCCAUCGCAGAAGUUGAAGGAACUCGACGAAGUUUUACUCGAAACUGAGACCAUGUGGCGGAGGUCUCUCAGGGAGGGUCUUUUUGCUGGGAAACCCUUCGAACGGAAGACGAGCCUUUCGCUUUAUUCAUUGCGCAAUCAAACCGAGUCUCUCCGGCUUCAGGCACAUUGUGCUACUUCACUCCUUCAAGAGUGCAAGGCAAUGCUUAGGGGAUUAUCAUGGAGUAUUUCUUAUGUGUGUAUGGAAUCCAAAGGUGCUCGAGCCGAAAUUUCUUCGACCACUGCCGAGGAAAGAAAACGGCUACAAGUUAAGGCCAAACUUGAAGAGUCCUUGCGAGAGACAGCUCAGAUUCAACCAGAAAUGCCGAUGGCUUCCGAUACCUCCGACAAAUAUUCCAAGCAGCAUCUGUAUACAGAUGAACAUGCUGCAGACAAAUUGUUCCUCUCGCCAUCACCGACUUUUGGCAAGGCUUCAGCUACGUUGAAAAUGGACAGUGACAAAACACCGUGGGAGGCCCGCGUCGUCACCUGGAACAGUCCGCACAGCACCACUACUUUCCCCACUCACUCUCAUUUCCCGAGCGGUGCUGCGCCUUGCGCCCUUAUUACUUCAACAGCGGCUGUAUCUGCAUGCACCAGUACAAGUGACAAAGUGACGCACCGACAGCGCAGCAAGACACACACCUCAUCAUCCCAUACAGCGUCUUCUGAGAGUGUCGACGUCAUUGCACCACAGAAGGUGACCCACCAUCCGAGCAAUGCGAAUACUUCGAUCUGCAGGUCGACCGCCUCACCUGUAAGCCUUCCGUCUCCUGCAGCGCAGGGGGGAAAAUUUGUCGUACCCCUGCCGUCAUCCAACACCGCAUUAUUGCAACAUUUCCAUGAAGUCAAACAGGAAAUGCUCACCAGAGGUCUAGCCUUCUACACCUGCACUUCCGUGAACGCCAUCCGGAUGGUACCUUGGAAGAAGCAUUCUGCCAGUGCAAGAUCGGGGGAGUGUGUUGCUGGUCGGAGCAUUACGGAUGCAGAUAUGCAAGUGUUAUCAUGCACCGAGGGCGACUGCGGUGUCGAAGCAUUUAAGAUCCGGGAAUGUACAGACGAAGGAUUGCUCUGCAUCGUCGAGGCGCGAGAUGUCUCCGGUUUGGUCUGA